CGUAAUUCCCACUUCGACAACAUCUCGUCGCUGCCGGGGGCUAGUCACAAGUCGCCCAGAGGCCUCCAUGCUUGUCUCGAAUGCAAACGACGCAAGAUUCGCUGCGAUGGCAACAAACCGUGCAAUAGAUGCCAAGCUAGACGCUACCACUCGCCAUGCGUCUACGAAGAACAACGCCCGCGUGUUGUUCCAUCCAAAAAGGAAAUUGAGCGUCUAUCCAAUAAAUUGGAAAAGUGCAGCAACAUUUUAAGAUGCUUUUUCCCCAACCAUGACGUGGAAUCACUGGUCCUUUUGUCACGCGAGGAGCUCUGUAACCUUUUAGAGAAGCCGUCCCCCCAAUUGACCGAGCAGCUUCCAUCGCCGCCACUUCGUACUCCGAACAGUCAACUGUUUGAUCUUGAACAGAUUCCGGCUCAGGACGCAGAAUGGGACGAAGAACGACGAGAAAGAGAUCCCUUGCCAGCGGAAGCCGACGACGUGAAUGCAUUAUCGCUCACUCUCGACCGACAAACAUCAUAUCUUGGCAUAUCAUCAGUUAGGGCGGCGAUGCUCGUCAUGGUUCAUAUCCAGCCACAGCUACAAGCCUCCUUGGCAUUCCACCAAAGAAACAGCACAAAACGAAAUAUAGAAGAAGCGUUUACGACUUACAAUCCGGCAGAAGCCACACAGGAGCUGGUGCCUGUUCGGUGGACGCUGAAAGGCCAGGCUCUUAUCGAUGCUUACUUCAAGGGGUGCCACGUCUUCACCCCAAUGCUCGAUGAGGUCACCUUUCGUGCAGAUUAUCUCAGCGCCAGAAGGUAUGACGCCCCAUGGCUCUCUUUGGUGAAUAUGGUUUUCGCCAUUGGAAGCAUAAUGGCCACCAAGUCAAGCGAUACGGAUCACUUCAAGUACUACGAAGAAGCGAUGAAACACCUCAGCCUUGCUGCUCUAGGUAGUAGUUGUAUUGAAACGGUUCAAUCAUUGGCCCUUCUUGGCGGUCACUACCUCCACUACAUAAAUCGACCAAACAUGGCCAAUGCGAUUCUUGGGGCCACAAUCAGGAUGGCCAGCGCCCUGGGUCUCCAUCGCGAACCAGCUAAUCAAGGUAUAAAUAACACGGCGGCUGACGAAGUGCGAAGACGAACGUGGUGGUCCUUGUUUUGCCUAGAUACAUGGACUACAACGACGAUGGGACGACCGUCCUUUGGACGCUGUGAUCCUUCAAUUGAUAUCCAGCCCCCUCAACUCAUUGCUGAACAAGAAGAACGCGACUCUGCACAACACGCCGGGGUUAUGCCUUUGCUGGAAAACAUCAAGUUUUGCAAGAUUGCGACCAAGAUCCAAGAUAUGCUCGCUGUAGCGUCUCUCUGGGGCACGGAAAGCCGUAAAAAACUGGAUGAUAUGCUAGUCGAGUGGUAUGAGAACCUCCCGGGCUUACUACACCGCACGGAGAAGUGCGCCGAGCCUCUACAUCUCUCUAGAUGCAAUCUCAGAUGGAGGUACUGGAACCUUCGUAUGCUCCUCUACCGCCCAGUGCUUCUUGCUGUGGCCAGCAGUGACAAGAAUGACCCCCUCGCCGCUGAAGAUGCUGAAGCAAUAGCAACUUGCCAAGAGUUAGCGAACAAAAUAAUACAGGAUAUCGCGAGCGGUUGGACCAGGCAUCAAAUGUCUGGGUGGAACGCUGUCUGGCUGCUAUAUCAAGCAUCAAUGAUCCCCUUGAUCAGUAUUCUGUGGCAGCCCAACAGCCCAGAUGUUACAGAAUGGAAAUACCAAGUCACCACGAUAUUGGAGCUGUUUGAAGAGAUGGAAGAGUGGUCACUAGCAGCGCGACGUAGCAGAGACGUUGUUGGACUGAUUUACGAAGCAAGUUGUCACUUUAUAGGUCAGAGUGAAGGGAGCAUGUUGCUGGAGCAGUUUGAGGCGUCUGAUUUGACACAGGCAGACAUUUAUGCUUGGUCGGAUGGACUGAAGUUGGAUUAUAUUGCAGAUAUGCAAAAUCAAGACUGGCAGUGGGAUAUAAACACACUUCUAGGGUCA